CAGGUGUACAACAUGCGCGGCGUCCACCUGCGGCAGUACCCGACGGUCCUGCCAGGGGGCGCCGUGAUGAAGCCGUGGGAUGUGUCGCUGAGCGGAGAUGGCCACCUGUGGGUCGUGGGCACGGAUGACGCCCACAGCGAGCACGUCGUGCAGUACGCAAGAAGCGGCCGCCUGACCUCCAGCUUCGGCAUCGGCAACAGCCUCUACAUCAACGGCAUCGCCGCGGAUCUCCGCAACGACCGCGUCAUCGUGACCUGCUCUGACGGCUACAAGGGGCGGCUGGAGAUCUACCACCCCGGCGGGCACCUCCUGUUCAGCCUCGGCCCGGAGCAGAGGAUGGCGGCGCCGCUCUUCGUCACCGUCAGCGCCGAGGGAAACAUCGUGGCCUCCGACACCCGCACCUUCAACGUCUUCGUGUACGCGGAGACCGGGCACUUCCUCACCAAGUUCGGCGGGUACCCGUCCAGCGAGGGCACCCGGCUGUAUCACCCCAAGGGCGUCUGCGUGACCAGCACCGGCGACAUCGUGGUGGCCGACCCGGGGAACCGGCGGCUGGUGGUGUUCACGGGCCGCGGCCGGUACCUCCGGCAGAUCGCCACCGGGAUGCGCGGCAUGCAGGGGGUCGCCGCCGGGCCUGACGGGCAGCUGGUGGUGGUGGACGACAGAAACCGCACUGUCACCAUCUACCCCGACUACUGAUCCACCGGGUCAGCUAGCUAGCCUCCAACAGGC